GCCGGGUCCUCAUCCAGGGCGGGCGCGGAGCCCUGGGGGCCGCCGCCCGAGCUCCCGCCAUGCGCGCUGCUCCAGCCACCCCGCUGCUCCCGCUACUGCUUCUGCUGGGGCCGAGCCUGGGGGAUGCGGGCGCUUCCCAGCCACCGCUGCCCGCCGUGGUGCUGGCCAUUCUGGCCCGCAAUGCCGAGCACUCUCUGCCCCACUACUUGGGCGCGCUGGAGCGGCUGGACUACCCCCGGGCCCGGCUGGCCCUCUGGUGUGCCACUGACCAUAAUGUGGACAACACCACGGAGAUGCUGCGGGAAUGGCUGACCGCCGUGCGUGAUGACUAUGCAGCCGUGAUCUGGAGGCCUGAAGGAGAGCCCAGGUCCUUCCCAGAUGAAGAGAGCCCUAAACAUUGGACCAAAGAAAGGCACCAGUUUCUGAUGGAGCUGAAGCAGGAAGCCUUGACUUUCGCCAGGGGCUGGGGGGCAGACUAUAUUUUGUUUGCAGAUACAGACAAUAUUCUGACCAACAACCAGACACUGAGGCUCCUGAUACAGCAGGGGCUGCCUGUGGUGGCCCCAAUGCUGGACUCCCAGACCUACUACUCCAAUUUCUGGUGUGGAAUCACCCCACAGGGCUACUACCGCCGUACGGCCGAGUACUUUCCCACCAAGAACCGCCAGCACCAGGGCUGCUUCCGGGUCCCUAUGGUCCACUCUACCUUCCUGGUCUCCCUACGGGAUGAGGGGGUAUCUCAGCUUGCCUUCUACCCUCCUCACCCCAACUACACCUGGCCCUUUGAUGACAUCAUCGUUUUUGCCUACGCCUGUCAGGCUGCUGGAGUCCCGGUCCAUGUGUGCAACGAGCACCGUUAUGGGUACAUGAAUGUGCCUGUGAAAUCCCACCAGGGCCUGGAGGACGAGAGGAUCAACUUCAUCCACCUCAUCCUGGAAGCUCUUGUGGAUGGUCCCCCCAUGUGGGCUUCAGCUCAUGUGUCUCGGCCUCCAAAAAGGCUCAGCAAGAUGGGGUUUGAUGAGGUCUUUGUUAUCAGCCUGACCCGUAGGCUUGACCGCCGUGAGCGCAUGCUGAGCUCACUCUGGGAGAUGGAGAUCUCUGCGCGUGUUGUGGAUGCAGUGGAUGGCCAGAUGCUCAACAGCAGUGUCCUGAGGAAGCUUGGUGUGGACCUGCUUCCCGGCUACCAGGACCCCUACUCAGGCCGCACGCUGACCAAGGGUGAGGUGGGCUGCUUCCUGAGCCACUACUCCAUCUGGGAGGAGGUGGUGGCUAGGGGGCUGACCCAGGUUGUGGUGUUUGAGGACGACGUUCGCUUUGAGAGCAACUUUCGGGGGCGGCUGGAGUGGCUGAUGGAGGAAGUGAAGAUGGAGAAACUUCCAUGGGAUUUAAUCUACCUUGGUCGCAAGCAGGUGAACCCUGAGGAGGAGGCGGCUGUGGAGGGACUGCCACGUCUGGUAGUGGCUGGGUACUCCUACUGGACACUGGCAUACGUCCUGAGCCUGGCUGGUGCUCGCAAGCUGCUGGCUUCCCAGCCCCUGCGACGGAUGCUGCCUGUGGAUGAGUUCCUGCCUAUCAUGUUUGAUCAGCAUCCCAACAAUCAGUAUAAGGCUCACUUCUGGCCGAGGGACCUGCAAGCCUUCUCAGCCCGGCCUCUGCUUGCUGCCCCAACUCACUAUGCCGGGGAUGCAGAGUGGCUCAGCGACACGGAGACGUCCUCCGCCUGGGAUGAUGACAGUGGCCGCCUCAUCAGCUGGAGUGGUUCUUACAAGGCCCUGCGUGACCCCCGCCUGGACCUGGUGGGCAGUGCUGGGCACAGUCUCCAUCCUCUGCCCCGAGAUGAGCUCUAGGUGGUGGAUCCCACAGUCCCAGGAACAGCUGACCAGGAAGCAGAGACUGCUGGUAGGCGUCACCUCCAGGAAUCACAGUCCCAGUAGAGACCUGGCUGCCAUCUUGGGCUGUGGCCACCCUGCCUUCUGGGUCCAUCUCACAUCAGGAGAAACCACUCAGAGAUGGGUUCUAUUUACCAAAGGUCAUGUAGCAAAAGGAAAGAGCUUCUCUUAACCCAAUCAGCCUGAUGUAGGACCUGGCUGGAGGGAGUUUGAGAGCAUCCAGGUUCAAACUGGGCUCACACCUCUCUUUGAGGACCCAGCAGCAGGGGUGCCUCUGCCUUCUUCUACCUCCACCUUGACCCCCUGUUCAGCUCAAUGGUUGGGUCUCACCUACUUGGAUCCACCCUUUUCCUGGCCAGUGGGAAGUACAGGAAGAUGGAAAGGGGACCCUUUUAUGCCUGGUCCUGGGUACAUAGUAGGCCCUUAAUAAAAGUCAGCUGGCAUUUGCACUUUA